UGUUGUACAGCAGUCUGUCUUUCUUCCCCACCAUGUGGAUGAGGUGACGAGCCUAAACCGGUUCAUACGUGGAUAGGGGGCCGGUUUCAGCUGGCUGCGUUGUCGUAGUAACCAGCUCUCUAUAAAUACUGGCUGACUCCUUUGCCGGCUUCCACUCCAGUUUCAGUCCUGACAGAGGCGGCACCUUCAGUACGGCUUAAUUUUUUUAUCCCAGCAUUCUGGUCUAAUGGACACACUCUUUGUAAAUGCUUUUUAAGAAUAAUCAGUCUUGUAAGACACACACUGGCUCCUCAGCAGGCCCUGGCCUUGAGUCUUAUUUGAAGGGAUUUAACUUCACCGGUGAACCGCCUUGGCUGCUCUGUACCUGAAUAACUGCACCAAUCAAAUUUCAUCUCUUUCAUAUCCAAUUUCCUCGUGACUAAUCAAAAGGAUUUAUUGUGAGCAUGGAAACUGCCACCGAGUUUGACUUCUCUUUCCUUGAGGAGGGCUUCUCUGCACGGGAUAUCGUCGAGCAGAAGAUCAAUGGGUCAUCCAUGACGGAUGACAGGGAUGCCUUCUACGUCUGCGACUUGGGGGAUGUCUUCAAGAAGCACCUGCGCUGGGUGAGGGCCCUGCCACGCGUCACUCCCUUCUACGCCGUCAAAUGCAACGACAGUCAGGCUGUAGUCAUGGUACUGGCCUCCCUGGGAGCUGGCUUCGACUGUGCAAGCAAGACGGAGAUUCAUAUGGUUCAGUCUCUGGGAGUGGAUCCAAGCAGAAUCAUCUAUGCCAACCCCUGCAAGCAAGUUUCCCAGAUCAAGUACGCAUCUGCCCACGGGGUCCGGAUGAUGACCUUUGAUAGCGAGGUGGAACUCAUGAAAGUGGCCCGCUGUCAUGAAAAUGCCAAGCUGGUGCUGCGUAUUGCCACAGAUGACUCUAAGGCUGUGUGUCGCCUGAGCGUGAAGUUUGGUGUGACACUCAAAGCGUGUCGAGGCCUCCUGGAGAAAGCUAAGGAACUGGGGCUGGAUGUGAUUGGCGUCAGCUUCCAUGUUGGCAGUGGCUGCACCGAUGCCCAGACCUACUCUCAGGCGAUCGCUGAUGCCCGUUAUGUCUUCGAUAUAGGGGCUGAGGUGGGCUUCAACAUGGACCUGCUCGACAUCGGAGGUGGAUUUCCUGGUUCAGAUGAUACUGAACUCAAAUUCGAAGAGAUCACUGCAGUCAUCAGCCCAGCCCUGGAUAAGUAUUUCCCCGCUGACACUGGCAUUAAGAUCAUUUCUGAGCCAGGACGAUUUUAUGUGGCUUCUGCUUACACACUGGUUGUCAACAUCAUCGCCAAGAAGGUCAUCAUGGACGAGGAAUCUGCCUCUGACGAGGAAGACGAGGGGACCACAGAUAGGACCCUGAUGUACUACGUAAACGAUGGCGUUUAUGGAUCCUUCAAUUGUAUACUCUAUGACCAUGCUCACUGUUUGCCAACACUACAUAAGAAGCCAAAGCCAGAUCAGGUCAGAUACCCCUGCAGUAUCUGGGGCCCGACAUGUGAUGGACUUGAUCGCAUCGUCGAGCAGUGCUACCUGCCUGACCUGCAGGUAGGCGACUGGCUGAUCUUUGAUAACAUGGGGGCCUACACCGUGGCCGCUGCCUCCACCUUCAAUGGCUUCCAGCGACCCGACAUUUAUUACGUCAUGUCUCGCACUGCCUGGCAACACGUGCAGCAGAUCUGUUCCCAGGGCAUGCCAGCUCCUGCGGAGGAGUCCUCCCUGUUGGAGGUGCCGGCCUGCUGUGGACGAGAGAGCAGCUUGGAGAUGCCCACUAAGCCCUGCCAGGCCCCUGUGGUGUAAACGCAUACCGUACAUCACAGCCAUGUUCUCCUGAUCUAGCAUCUCUUUGUUAUUAUUAAUUAUUGGAGAAGUUUCUGUCUUUUCUUUUUCUUUCUUCUCCCCAUAUGUCAUGAUAUAUUUUGAAGGCCAGUUACUUGACAGGAGAACGAGAGGGGCAUGUUGUUGCACAAACAUCUGUGUUCUGUACAGAAGUGAGGAUCAACCCCAGAUAAAAUGAGGCUGAAUCACAGUGUCUCUGUGUAUUCCAGGCAGAGUCACAGGACUACUCUGUACUCAGAAAUUGUUGCUGCAGUAUUCCGCCCUUCAUUUUGGGAAAGUGACUUAAGAACUUCAGUACUGUUAGUUUAUGAAUAAACUAUUAGUGGAACUGAUAUUGUGUAAGGACUCGCAACACUUGAAACUGUAGCCAAAGUCCAAGAGGUAAGGGGUCGCUAAUGCUAUUAAUUUAAAGUGGACCUAUCAUGCUAUAUUUGAAACAUAUUGUAGGGCCAUACCUAUAUAAAACAUGUCUGUGAAGUUUUUUAUGCAUUUUAGCCAUGCCUCAUUUUGCUCUUUUCCAGCCCUGUUUUUGCAGGGGCUGAUUCUGCUUUUGUGGCAGACUACAGCGCCACUUACAGGCCUGGCAUAUGUACUACAGCGCUUUUGAGCGGUCGCUCUUUCCCCUGAUAGGUGGAGAGUUGCCCAUAUAGGCGGGGCCCCCCUUUUCUGACAUCAGAAAAAUUCAAAUAAUAAUCAGCUCCGUUGCAGCCCCGUUUUUAGAGAUUUGGGUAUGGAGGAAAAGAGAGGGUUGUGUUUUCUGACACUUGGUGAGUUCCCUGGAACACCGGGGACACAUUCAUGUAUAAAAGACGUACAAAAGAGCAUUUUGCAUGAUAGGUCCCCUUUAAGACUUCAAAAUUGUAACUUGCAAAGAGGUGGUUGGAGGGGCAAUUUAAAUCCUCAUUAAAUGGCUGCUUUGUUUAUAUUUAUCCUUUCCAUGAUCUCUAGUUCUGUACAGAACCUAUCAAGUGUUAAUCCUGAAGAUAUUAACAUGUAAAGUAACCUUUUGUUUACUUUUAGGUACACACAGAGCAUUAUAGACUCAUAACAUUUCACCUACCUUUGUCAAAGGUCGCUUCUCAUUUGUCGUGGUCACCCAACACUCACAGGUGCCACCAAAUGCACAUCUUCAAGAUGAACACUUAAAACACAGGGACUCAAGAAGCAUACUGAACCUCUUCUCCUUAUUUUAUUUUCAGUUUUAUUUUUUUGUUGUAACCUGUAGGCGUGAAGAAGUCUGUUAAUUAUAUGAAUAAGAACCAGUGUUAAAGAAUACAUUUGAGAAAUGGAUACGAAAGAGACGGGAUUGCAUAUUCAUAGCGCUUUCCUAUGGAAACUUUUUCAAGUUUUGUAUUUUUUUAAUAAAUAAAAACAUUGGAUGCAGAGCCAAA